AUGGCGGCGAAGCCCACAUCCACCGCCGUCGCCCCCACCACCACUGUCGCCGCCGCCGCCCUCCAGAAGCCGCGGCCGAUCGACCAACAGGAGAAGCGCAUCGGCGACGUCCUCUCCUACCCCAUCCUCCUAGCCGACCAGAUCUCCGACGCCGUCCGCGAGUCCGACUCCUUCAAGUUCGAGUGCUCCGAGCUCCUCAACCUCCUCGAGUCCUCCGCCGCCGACAUGCGCUGGGUCCUCAGCAUCUUCGACGCCGGAGCCUCCGCCGCCGGCGGCGGCGGCAUCAUCCUCACCCUUCCCCCCAUCGCCAGCAACGACCCCAUACUCUCCUGGGUUUGGUCCUUCAUCGCCUCCCUCCACUCCGGCCAACUCCCUGUCAAAACCGAAGCCGCCAACGAACUCUCCUCCCUUGCCCGUGACAACGAUCGCAACAAACAGAUAAUCAUCGAAGAAGGUGGAAUCUUACCCCUUUUAAAACUCCUCAAAGAUAAUUCCUCUAUCGAAGCCCAAUUUGCAGCCGCCUCAGCCCUCUUCAACCUAGCCAACGAUAAAGAACGCGUAACCUCCAUAAUCGACCAGUCGGCCGUCCCGAUUAUCGUUCAAAUAUUGGGGGACUCCCCAAUGAAGGUCCAAAUCAGACUUGCCAAUCUAAUCGCGAAAAUGGCCGAACACUCCCCCCUCGCAAAAGAGGAUUUCGCUCGAGAAAAUGCAAUCCGGCCACUCGUCACACUUUUAUCGUUUAAUUUGUUCAUGGAUGACCCAAAGCUCAAACUCGGCAAACACAGCCUACACUCACUCGUUCAAAUCAACAAAGAAAUCGACAAGAAGGAUUCAUACAAGCAUUAUGGCUAUAGAAAGGAUCGGGAGAAUGAAAAGCCGGAAGUGAAGCUCGAGCUGAAAACAAGCUGUGCCGAGGCCCUAAGGAUGCUCGCCAAGGAUAGCGUGCAGAAUAGCCGGAGAAUAACCGAGACGAAAGGUUUACUCUGUUUGGCUAAGCCUUUAGUCGAGCUGUUGGGCCACAGGAAUGGUGACGUAGCGGCCGAGGUUGCGGGCUCGCUCGGGAAAUUUGCGUGCCCGGAUAAUUUCCUGUGUGCCGAGCAUUGCAAGACGAUUAUCGACUUUGGUGGGGUCCCGCCACUUAUAAGGCUGUUGAGAGGGAACGAGAAGGCCCAGUUGAAUGGGCUUGUGCUGACGUGUUAUCUUGCGAUUCAUGCCGGGAAGAGUGAGGAUUUGGAGCGGGCUGGGAUUUUGGGGGCUUUUGAAGGGGUCGAUCGGGCUUUCAUAGCCCAAUACCCGAAGCUGAGGGAGUUGAUUUCGCAGGCGGUGUAUCAACUGAGCGUGUUUCAUCAGUCUCAUUCGGGCUUGCUUGUGGCCCAGAGGCAUUCGGGCCUACUUGUGGCCCAAAGGCAAUUUUGA